AAAAUACAUAUAACCUGUAAAUUGUACCACGCAGACCAUCUGCAUGCACGUAUGAGUUUUGAUUAACUUUAAGUUUCGCUUUCACACGAAAAAUUCUGGAUUUUUAUUACGUUAUUUCGUUCACAUCGAGAAACUUAACAUUGUUUUUAUAUGUGACAACUACAUGUAAUUGUUCUCAUUACCAUUUAUUAUCGAUACCCCCGCGACACUGCAUCAUAGUUCUAUAUACAUUCGUAGAUCUAAUGAAUGUCAUACGCGUGACUUAUCUUAUGAUUCGUUAUUCUCGUUAAUUUACGUGCAGCAAUUCGAGCUUGGAACAAUUCUUUUUCUUAUAAUUUUUUUUUAAACCAUAUUAUGGCAAUUAAAGAAAAUUAAUAUAAUUAUGUCCCAGGAAGAGAAGGAUCUGGAUGUAAACAAAGCCUUUGAGGAUUUAUUAUUCGCAGAAGAAAUCGCACAGAAAUCAGCCUAUGAGAAAGGCUAUGAAAGUGGCAAGGAGCAAUUGCUAAAGGGAUAUCAUCUUGGAUACCAUAGGGCCAGCAUAAUUGCAGCACAAUUAGGAUAUUACAGCGGGGUCUUGGAACAUUAUUUACAGAAUAAUGAUAAAGCUAAAUGUGAGAAAGCGACGGCGAUAGCCAAAAAACUUUUAGAAGAUAUUCGCAGCACUCUGCCUGAUCACCAAGAUGAUAAUCUGGACAUUUUAAAAGCAGUAGAAGAUAUUAAAUUUAAAUAUGCCAAGUUUUGUUCGCUAGCAAAAAUCAGUCCAUUAUAUCCGGAGGCAGAUAAACUCGAAUUUUAAUAUUACAAGAUGAUGACG